UGUUAGGAUAAAAGAAUUGUUUAUUUUGACCCUAGGAAGUUCUAUAUAAACUCUCACUUUCCAAAAUUAUAUUCCCUUCAAUGCAAACACAAUCACUGUCUCUUCCUUCAUAUCUUCUUUUGGAAUCAAUCAAUAUGAAGUUCAUACUCUUCUUUGCUUUAUCCCUCUUCCUUCAAGGAGCUCUUGGUGAGUUGAUAUGCGAGGAAUUACCAGUUGAAAUGUGUGCGCUUUCAAUUUCGUCGGACGGAAAGAGGUGUGUGCUGGAGAGUCGUCCGUCUGAAGAAGGAAAUAAUGAAGUGGAGUGCCAGACUUCAGAAGCAUUUGCAAGUAAUAAAAUGUUGCAGGAAUAUAUAGAGACAGAUGAAUGCGUUGGUGCAUGUGGUGUUGAUAGGCAAUCUCUUGGCCUUUCAUCAGACGCCCUUGUUGAUUCUAAAUUCGUUGCCAAACUCUGUUCACAUCACUGUUACAACAAUUGCCCCAAUAUUAUCGAUCUUUACUCUAGUGUCGCUUCUGCUGAAGGAUUAUCUUUGCCCAAAAUGUGCGCAUCUCAGAAAACUCGUCCACGCCGUGGAAUGUCUCAGUCCGCAUUCCGAAGUUCAGGUGCCGCUGCUCUGGUCGGUUAUGGCGGUAGUGCUGGUCCAGUUUCUUCCGCAGAUCCACCUGCCGUCGAUGAUCCAGCGACUGGUGCAGCGUCUCCUGCCGGCAAUGAUCCAGUGACUGGUGCAGAUUCUCCUGCCGGCAAUGAUCCAGUGACUGGUUCAGCGUCUCCUGCCGGCAAUGAUCCGGUGACUGAUGCAGAUUCUCCUGCCGGCAAUGAUCCAGUGACUGAUGCAGCUCCUCCUCCUUCUCAAUAUUGAGUUGAUUAUAUAUUGUGCUACUAAUAAAUGUGUACAACAUAUGUACACACACGUAUCUACGUUAUCGCAAUAUGUAUAUCUAUCACAAUUAUCUCUCUGAUGAUGUGAUAGAUACAUUUAUUUCUCGUAUUAUAAAGAGUCACUUGUUUAUGCUAUGGUUGAUUGUA